AUGUUCCAUUUCCAUUUCGCCGUCCGAGUUCGUUUUUGCACCCCGUGAAGUUCCACCGGCGGAACCCUAAUCGACCCCCUUCAGCCAUUUCUUUCCAAGCCUGGUUCUCUUUAUCGACCGCCCAAAGAGUGUGUUGAAAGCGAAGGUUAUAAUGGUUCGUUGCCCUGAAAUGGAUUUCUUAGGUGGUUGAAGUCUUUGAUCUGAUCAACUAGCUGACAGCAAUGGCUGAGCAUCUUGCAUCAAUAUUUGGCACUGAGAAGGAUCGUGUCAACUGCCCAUUCUACUUCAAGAUUGGAGCUUGUCGGCAUGGCGACCGGUGCUCUCGCCUCCACAACAAGCCAACAAUUUCCCCUACCCUUCUGCUCUCGAAUAUGUACCAGCGGCCAGACAUGAUCACUCCUGGUGUUGAUGCCCAAGGCCAGCCUAUUGAUCCCCGAAAGAUCCAGGAACAUUUUGAGGACUUUUAUGAGGAUAUAUUUGAAGAGCUGAGCAAAUUUGGAGAGAUUGAGAGUCUUAACAUCUGUGACAACCUUGCUGACCACAUGGUAGGCAAUGUAUAUGUACAGUUCAAGGAGGAGGAUCAGGCUGCUGCAGCUUUGAGGGCACUUCAGGGGAGGUUUUAUUCAGGCCGUCCAAUAAUUGUUGAUUUCUCGCCUGUUACAGACUUUCGGGAGGCCACAUGCCGCCAGUUUGAGGAAAAUAGUUGCAAUAGAGGUGGUUAUUGCAACUUUAUGCAUGUUAAGCAGAUUGGAAGGGAGUUGAGGAGGAAGCUUUUUGGACGGUAUAGGAGGUCUAUGGGAAGUCGAAGUAGGAGCAGGAGUCCCAGUCCUCAUCAACGGAGGGAGCAUCGUGAGCAUGAUAGUCGUGAAAGGGAUUUUCGUGGAAAGAGAAGCGGAGAUAGGAGGUACGAUGAUGGAGAUAGGCAUGGGAGGUAUGAUGAUGGAGGGAGGCGAAGGCAUCGGAGUCCAAGACGGUCUAGGAGCCCAGCUAGAGAUGGAAGUGAAGAGCGGAGGGCUAGGAUUGAGCAGUGGAAUAGGGAAAGGGAGGAAAAGCAAGUUUAACAAAGAGUGUGUUGUUUAGCUAGCUCCUUUUGAUUGCUAUUAUAUCCAGUCUAUUUUAUUGGAGUUCAUGUUUGGUCAGUUUUCAGGUUAGCUUGUGCUAAAGAUACACCCAUACAUUUUGAGUGGCAUUCCUUGAAUCCUAGAUGUUGUAUUUACUUCUUAAUUGUUAUAUGGAUGCAUUUAUAACUCACGGGGUGGUCACAUUUUAUUA